UUUCUCUAUUGGCCACGCGGGUUCGCUAAAGAGUCGAAAAAUUAUACACGUGAUAUCUUUUUCUGGCUAAUCUCCCCUUUCUGUGAAUUUCUACUCGUACGUGCGUUUUCGUUUCGUGUCUAAGCAGACUUAAAAAUGCGUUACGUGGCCGCGUAUCUUUUGGCAGCUCUUGGUGGAAAUACCUCCCCAAAAAAGAGUGACAUCAAAAAUAUUCUGAGCAGCGUCGGAAUUGACGUUGAUGAUGAAAAACUAGGAAUUGUGAUGAAAGAAUUGGAAGGAAAAAAUCUGGAAGAACUGAUCGCAGCAGGAAAUGAAAAGUUGGCAAGUGUGCCAUCUGGUGGUGGCGGUGCUGUAGCAGCAUCUGGUGGUGGAGGCGGCGGUGCCGCUGAAGAAGAGAAAAAGGAAGAAAAGAAGGAGGAAUCUGAAGAGGAAUCCGAUGAUGACAUGGGAUUCGGUCUCUUUGAUUAACCAUUGUUUCAUCAUAAUUUGUUUGCAAUAAUGCAAAAUAUACUCCAAAAACAAGAACCA